AUGGCCGGCGAGCCUGGCGGUUACGAGGAUGCGGGUUCCAGCGCAAGUGGCGCGGCGUACAGCGUGCCGUGGGCUCUCGGUCGCUGCUCUCCGCCGUCCGUGCUGCCUGCUGGCUGGACGGCGUAUUUCUUCCCGCUCUCGCUGCUUCCCCCCAUCUACGUUUUCUUCGUGAUCCAGCUGGUGGCAACAAGUGCCUUGCAAGCCGCGUGUGAGCUGCUGGGAUUUAACCUCGGAUACUCCAAAUUCGCCUCCACUGCAAAAUGGAAGUCAGUUCAGAUACCCUCUCGUGUGGGCCUGCUCCUCUUCUACCUCCCAGCAGCGCUCAUCGCUGCUCUCUUCCUUUCAGCUGCCCUGGGACUCUCGCCCGCCCUCCACCUCCGUGCAACGCACAUGCUCCCUCACUCUCCCGCUCCGCUCCCAGCAGCCGUUUCCUCUUGGAUGACUGCUGGUGCUGGGGCUGGGAAGACCGGGUGGGAGGGACAGAUGGGUGCAUGGGAGCUGGUAGUAGCAGCUGUUACCAGUGAACAGUGUCGCCUGGUUCUGGUGUGUGCGGCGUGCCUGGUGCACUAUUCGAAGCGAUGUCUCGAAACGCUCUUCCUGCAUCGAUUUUCAGGUACCACUUGCCUGGCGACAUCAGUGUUCAUCAUGCUUGGAUACUGCAUGCUUGCCUACGUCCUUCUUUCCUCCCAAUGGCUUACCGCUGCUGCUGCCACUCUCCCAUCCCGUGCCACCACUGCUGCCGCAACUGCUGCUGCUGCUGCCGCCACCGUCACUGCUGGUGCUUCUACAGCUGCUGCUGGUGCCAGUGCGGUUGCUCCCUGCAGUGUUACGCCCACUGUGAACCUCAUGCCCCUGGGCCUGCUACUGUUCCUUAUUGGGAUUGCUGGGAACUUAUACCACCACUGGUUGCUCACUCGGCUGCGCUCAGAUGGUAGCCAUGAGUACCGUGUCCCUCACGGUGGCCUUUUUCACUGGGUGACCUGCCCUCACUACCUCUUUGAAUGCAUCGACUUUCUGGGAGUUGCCUUGAUGUCACAGACUACGUUAGGUUCUUUUCCUGUCUCACCCCUCCUCCCCUCUAACCCUCAUCCCCACCACCCCUCCAUCCCUCCACCCUCCAUCCCUCCGCCCCCCAUCGCUCCACCCUCCAUCCGCCCAUCCUUCCACCCCGUCAACCCGCUCUCUCUUCUCUCUCCGCCAGGCACCGAGUGGCAGGGCGAGUGCGACUGGCGGAGAUGGCAGCUGCGACCAGAGCAGGCAUUGACACCACAGGACUCCUCGUUGACCCUCCAAGCAUUCAUCGCAUCCCCCCUCCCCCUCUCGUUUCUGUCUAGCAAUCUGGGGCGGAGGGUGGUGGAGCUGGGGGCGGGGUACGGGCUGGCGGGCAUGGCGCUGGCGGUGCAGCAGCAGGGCGUGGGGGGAGUGCUGCUCACUGAUGGCAACGACUCUGUGGUCGCUCGCUUAAGCCAAACAGUCGAAGCCAACAGGCAUCAAUUCGGGGGCACCAAAGUGGCAGUAGCGGCACUGCGCUGGGACUGCCACCCCCCGCCGCGCCACUGGCCACCUGCCCUCUCUCCGCCCUUUGAUGCCGUCAUCGCUGCUGACUGGUGCGUUGCUCCCUCUCUCACCAGCUGCCCUCCUCUCUUUCCCUGCUCCAUUUCCCUCUAA